GGCUGUUUGGUCGGUAUUGCCUUUGUCGUAAUUGUCAUUGGAUUCCUCAUCGUAAGCUUUCGUCCACUUCCCAUCGGAGCUUUCAUUCACGCUGUACCAGCGUCGUUGGCGUCGUCACAGAGAGGACAAAGAUGUGUUUGAUGCUUCGCAGUUCCGGAGCUCUGCUGUACUCCUCGACGACGACAUCUCAAUGUCAGGGGAUUCUGGCCGUGGCGGUUCGGGAUGGAACAAUCAUUUAAGGCCUCCGACCAUGAUUGAGCGACACGUCAAUAACAGCCCGGCAUCGUUCGCUCAGGCUCAGUAUGGAUACGGUCCACAGGAACCGACUUCACCCGCCUCAUUCUCUCCGGGUCAGAUCGUGGUGCCUAGGACUUACAAUGAAAUGGACAUGCCCUCUGGUGGCCUUGAUAAUGACCCGUUCGCAGCGGCUGCAUAUAACAGAGAUCCGUCUGUGAUCAGUCAGCAGAUGGGCGGGCACGACGCGUACUUGACCAGACAACCAUCUCAAAUGGCUGAUGAGGUGCAGCCCAACAGAGAGCCUGCUCAGAUGUACCAUGCCGAUCCGUUCCAACAGCCUCAGGAAGCGGAGUAUGUGGACUUGAAUAGGGUUCCAUCAGUUGGAGCUGCCGGAGCCGUUGGUGUAGCUGUCAGUAUGCCUGCUCAGGAGGUCUCUCAGGACUCCUCUUCUGCUGUGGUCCCCCCGUCAGAUGACGCAAAGCCCACUGCUACGUCUCCUCUCGCCUCCCAGCCUGCUUUCACUCCCACAUCGCAGUCGACUCCACCUGCCAAUGAGACUGUUGUGGCUCCCCGAAAUGCGACGCCUGUGAACACCAAGAGGCCUGACACGGUCUACACGGUCUACGACGCCGAAGACGCAUACGGUGGCAUGUGAGAAUGGAACUGUAUUUCUUUAUUUAAUCAUUCACACUCUUCCUUUGUUUGUGAUUUCAUAUCAUGCUGGUACAUCUACGAUGGAAUAUUUAUUAUACAUCUUCUUUUGGGGCAUGAUGAUCGUGUUGUAUAUAUAUUCAUCGUAACGUAUCGUCCGUUCGUUCUGU